AUGACAGAAGAGGCGCAGUUGUUCUACAUAAGAGUGGACACAAACAGCAUAAUAGCAGAAUACCGCCAGAAUGCAUUCAGGAACAGCUCAGGCACAGCCCAAGAAACUUCCCGAAAUUCAGGCAUUUCCCUCCUCACACAGAGAAUAUACGCAUGCUUUGAGGAUACAGACGAUGAAAUUGCGGAAAUGCUCGAGAACGUGCUCAAGCACAUUAUAGAGAACAUUCUCUGGUCCCCCUGCGACCCAAACGUGGAAAUCCUGCAGAGCCUCCUGGAAAACCCUCCUCCUCCCUCCUCAGGCUCCUUCGAGCGCUCCGUGGAGAUUCUCUUCGCGAACCUAACGGAAAAAGAGGUCAAAAUAUUCGGAGGGAAGUACAGAAGCUUCAUCUCCAGAGUGAACGAGCAAGUAUCUGUGUGGAGCCAAAGUAUCUGGUGCAUCCACAAAGGAAUAGGCCCUGCUGAGUUUGAGGUGUACCUGAACUGCCUUUCAGGUAUGGCGAAUUCAGGUUCCAGGAUAAAAUCUUUUUGUGAAAAUUCAGAUUUAUUUUCGGCUCUUUCCUUCAUAGAUCUGGCGUAUACAGUGCAAGUGAGCAUUUUCGGGCGGCAGGGAAUGGCCUCGUGCGGAUACUUUCAGCUCCUGGAGCCUUCGGAGCAGGGGAAAACUCUUUUUGACGAGGGAAUGGACUUCCUCCACACAAACUCCGAACUUCUCGUGCACUUUAUCAAAGAGUUCCGAAAAACAGUCCCACACCCCAGGGAAAACACGUUUUACAUGCUCGCAAGCCGAGGGCUCCCGCUUAAGACACUUUUAAUCCUCCGCGGGAUCUUCAAGCACCGAGCGAGACUUCUCUGCCUCUGGAAAGCCCUUCCAAAAAUUAUAAAUCCGUACGGGUUUUUUCUCGACGGGAAAAAUUCGAGUCUUCCCCCGGGAAGAGACGAGAAGACGCGAUUUCGGGUGGGCGCAGUCGUUUCCGAGACGGUGAACAUGCGCCUGGCAGCAGCCAUUCACAGCCCGCGGGCUUUGGAGAAGUACUACUACGAGCUCAUGGAAGAGCUUAUCCCGGGCCUGGAGGAGUGUAAAGCCCUGGAAAUAGAAGCUUCCAGGAAGAUGGUGAAAACCUGCAGGAAACUCUCGGAGAAUCUGCAGGGAAAAGGGUCCUUGCACAGAAAACUCUCAAAAAUGCAGACUCUCCAGGAGAUCAUGCGAUAUCUUGUCCUGCACGUGGAGAUUCACUCUCUGGGAAGUGGCGAAGUUUCAACUUUAGUAAAAAACAUUCAGAGAAUGUGGGGCGAACUUUGCUCGAUAGUUCAGAAGAAGAAGGCUCUUCUAACGGUUUUCAGGAAUAAUUUUCAGGUUCUGAAGGUGGUCCAGGGGAUGGAUGACUAUAGCAAGGUGGACAAAGCCUUAGUUAAAUGCUGUGUAAACACGUACCUGAACAGUUUGGGGGUGCGGCUGGUUAUACUUCCCUUUGAUCUCGCGGAAAGACAGUUUGGGACCCUGGAAUGUGCCAGGCUUUUCUCCAGGAUCAAGUCCCUGCAGAGAUCGUACGUUCGAGGCCUGGAUCAAGUGGAGAAGAGAGUGAAAAUAAGCAUCCACGAGUCAAUAGCCGACUCCUUCACGAGAGACAUGAUUCCCUCUCUCUUUGUGGUAUUUUUACUUGUACUCAUAGUCUCUCUAGUUAUUGCGUACUACCUGAAACAGGUUCUCAGGCUCAUACUAUCCCCAGAGGCGGAUACCGUCUGGGAGUACCUGCAGAGUGUGUGGGCAUAA